AUGUCCGCCCAAGGCCCGCCACUAACUUGUCACGUCCUCGACACUUCCGUCGGUAAGCCCGCGGUAAAUAUCCAGUGCACGCUAUCCCGGUUCUUGAAGUCGGCCGAUGGCUCCCCGUCCAGUUCCUGCUUUGAAGUGGCGAAGGCGUCGACCAACGAGGAUGGGAGGGUCGCAGCGUGGGAGAUGAGGCAGAAGGGAGUCGCGGGGAAGUUGGUGCUCGAAGAGGGAUUCACCUACAAGAUUAGGUUCGAGACUUGGGAGCAUUUCAAGGGGGAAACCUUCUUUCCGUAUGUUGAGGUGGUGUUUACGGUUAAGGAGAUAAAUCAGCAUUAUCACAUUCCCCUGUUGUUGAGUCCUUAUGCAUACAGUACGUAUCGGGGGUCGUGAGUUGGGUUUCGGCGGUGGGGAUAUUGGGAUUAGGUAUCGGAAGCAAUGCACGAACAGGCGGGUGGGGUAG